AUGCCCGAGAUGAGUGUCCGCGAGUUCAAGCAACAGCUGAAAGGAUGGCAGCCAAGUACAGAUGAGCUCACACAUCGUAUGACCAAGGCGGAGGUAUUGGUGGGUGGUCGGCAGUUGGUAGAUAAUGAUGAGACUGUUGAGGCGGCUGGGAUUUCACCCGAUGCAGUGGUGCAGGUCCUUUUCUCCAUCAACCCAGUGGUGUGUGACAGCAAAGACAAGUCAGCAGCAUCAGGCUGCGAUGUCAGAGACUUGCUGGUUGUUGAGAUCCCAGACUCUACGACCGAGAUACAACAAUAUGCCUUUUCGUCUUGCAAAUCUUUGGUCAGUGUGACUAUCCCAAGCUCUGUGACUUUCAUUGGGCACUGCGCCUUCAGAAGUUGCAGCUCUUUGACAUGCUGUACCAUCCCCAACUCUGUCACAAGUAUUGGGGAAAAAGCUUUCCAAGGCUGCUGCUCCUUGCACAGCUUGACACUCCCUGACUCAGUGACCAUCAUCGGGCAAUCAGCUUUCCGGGAUUGUAGCUCUUUGUCGAGCUUGAGCAUCUCCGAAUCACUUACUGACCUGGAGCAAUGUGCCUUUGCGUAUUGCGCGAGCUUGACAAGCUUGGCCAUCCCAAACUCUAUACGCAAUAUCGGGAGCUGUGCCUUCAUUGGUUGCAAAUCCCUUGCAACGCUCAAAAUUGCCGAGUCAGUGGGAGUCAUUGGUGGUUGCGCCUUCAAGGGCUGCAGCUCUUUGACCAGUGUCACGAUUCCAGAGUCAGUGACAUGCGUCGGAGUUUGUGCUUUCAAAGAAUGCAACUCUUUGAAGAGCUUGAUCAUCCCUGACUCGGUGAGCUACAUUGGCAAUGGUGCAUUCGAAGAUUGCCUGUGUUUGAGAAGCGUAGAGAUGACUAAAUCAAUUGAUUAUCUUGUGGACUGUGCCUUCGCCGGCUGCAUCGCACUGGAAAGCCUGGUAAUCCCAGAAUCGGUGACUGACAUCGGGAAAAGUGCCCUUGCGGACUGCCACUGUUUGGUAAAUCUCAAAAUCCCUGACUCGGUGACUGAGAUCGGAGAUGGUGCUCUGAAGGGUUGUAGAUCUUUGGAAUGCCUGACCAUCCCCAAGUCCGUCACUAUCAUAAGGAAAUUGUGUUUUGCUGGGUGCAGCUCGUUAAGGAGCUUGACAAUUCCUGACUCCGUGAAGUCGAUUGAGGAGUCUGCCUUCGAAGGUUGCAGCUCUUUAACCAGCUUGAGCAUCUCUGACUCUGUGGCUUACUUGGGAGUAGGCGCCUUUGCUGGCUGUGGAAAGCUUCAAUUGCCCGAUUGGUGUGUCCGCCUGCAACCCAGGAUUCGAGAAGACUCAGGAUUCUCAUUUGAAGAAUCUUCGGAUUGA